AUGCUUUUUAAGCAGGGAGCUCAUUCAAUUGUUGUUCGAGAAUCUUCAUCACCUUCUUUUGAACACAUCAAAUCUAAACCAUAUAUGUUUAAUAUUAAUCAAGUUAUUGAACAAGACAUAAUUCCAUCAAUAAGUUUUUAUCCUCAAUCAUCUUCUCAUAUACCAAUAUCAUUAUCUUGUACAUCAUCACUUGAACAAGAAGAAAGAACAAUGUCCAAUGUUGAUAAUGAAAUAACACCUCGAACAUCAUCAUCAUCAUUUAUACAAGAGACAAAACAAUUAUUAGAUAUCAUAUCAAUAAAUCAGGAUUUACAUCUAUCAACAUUAGCUUCUGAAGUUUAA